GUUACAAGGAUGAGUUGGAUUUCCUAUCAAAGAAUAUAAGACCUCGACUUAUUGAGAUCGACACUUCCAUCAAAGAAAAGGCACAACAGGCUCGUGAGUGCAUGGAUGCAGCCAGAGAGAAGCAUGGGUAUUCAAUUGUGUACAAAAGUGCAAAGCGGAAGAGAAAAAGUGGAAAAUCAAGUAUGUCCGCACGUGCAAGUCAAGCCAAGGAUGGUGAUUAUAAAACAACUACACUGAUUAAUGAAAUCAGUGAUUCAGAUUCAGAAUCAAUGUGAGAGGAGUAAGAUUGAAAAACUGUUUGAUAUAUACAUUUGUUAAUUGUUUUGUUUGUAUUCUUGAUUCCUAUAUUAAUAUAUAAACAACUAUAUGCAUGUUCAUAUAUUUAUCUACUAUUGUUGUUGCUAUUUUAAAGUUGUUGUUGGUAUAUAAAAUGAAAAAUUAUGUCUAUUGAUAAAAACAGAGUAUAUAUAUUUAAUAUAAAAAAUAUUAUAUUCGAGCUAUUCUGAUAUCCUCACAAAAACGUUUUAAUUGUAGUAGCCAAAUUUUAAAAUUUUCAAAAUUUUAUACCCCAUUCUGCUCGCACACUGUACGCUUUAUUUCUUUGCACAUGAUGGGGGAUCCAUGCAUGAGUUCCUGAAAAUUGUGCAUGUGUCAUGUGACAAUAUACCACUUGAGAUUCGAGGAAAUUUUAAAAAUAUUAAAAGCCAAAAAGCCAGCAUCUUCUCUCUGAUGCCCACACUCUAGAUUUCAGCGGUAAUCUUUGCCAAAGCCAGGUUUGCAACCACGUCUAGCGCAUUUCACAUAUUUUUAUAUGACUCUUCUAUUAUUUAAAGUCUUUUAUUAAAGUCUUUCAAAUUGUUAUAAAAAUAGUAUUUAAUUAAAAGGUUAUAUACUAUGGAUUCAGGUUAAUUUCUUCAAAAGCCUCUGCGGAGGAGAGACUUCUGACAAUCACGAGGGUGGAAACUUGGAUGGUGUGCUCGAUAUUUUUUCGUGCGCAUUUGUCCUGCUCGAUAUUUUUUUGGGGAUUUACACAACCCCCCCCCCCCAUCAAAUAUCUAAUGGUCCGGCCCUAAUUAUAUUUAUUGUUACAAUCCAUUUAAUAAAAUGCAACAUUUUUUUGUUUUAAUGAAAAAAUCAGUUAUUUUCAUGAGAACGAUUUGUUAUUCAUCUCAAUUUUUUUAAUCUCCAAUCGCAAUAACGUAAAGUAUUAUUAUCCGCGAACCAAUGACUCAAAUUUAAGAAACAACCCACUGUUAGAAAGCUGAAUGGCUACGCUUUAAAAUGAAUGUAAACUUUAACGUUUUCGUCUAUUAUUUGUUUAGCAAUUUACAUUUCAGUCGAGGAUUGCGCUUUUAUAUAUAUAUAUAUAUAUAUAUAUAUAUAUAUAUAUAUAUAUAUAUAUAUAUAUAUAUAUAUAUAUAUAUAUAUAUAUAUAUAUAUAUCGGUGUUAUAUAGUAUCGGUGUUUGAUUUAACAUAAUGUAAAAACUAUACCAGGUAUGGCUUUCAAAUAAGUUUGUGGUAUUAAGAAAAUGCUAUCCUAAAUUUUAGUAUACAGUGCUAGAUCUUUCAUUUCAUAUUGGGCGAGAUAUAGAUGUUUUUAGCCAAAGUUCGGUUUGAAAAUUGGCGAAAAAAUCGACUAAAACGGCUUAUUAAAUUUCUUUGAAGACCUUUGCUAUUUGUUCGGGAGUAUUGAAAAUUUUAAAGAAGUUAACUUCAAUCUUGUAUUAUUUUAUGCGGCGAUUGGCCCUGGCCUCCUCGAUCUCCUGAUCUGGCGAUUUGCGACUUCUUUCUUUGGGGAUAUUUGAAGCAACAAGUCUGGAACGUCCCGCAUGAGGAGCAGCCUAGGAAUUUGAGACAGCUCCGCCAGGCAGUUAUCUUAGCUUGCCAAAGUUUAGAUGCACAAAUGAUACAAAGCGCUUUUUCUGGCAUGGUUAACAGCUAGAGCACGACGUUGUAUAGGUGUUCAAGGACAUGCUUUUUCAGAUGAAUAAAUCAUCGAAUGUGUAAAUAUUAUAAAACGUGCGUUUUGUUGACAAGAACAGCAUUAAAUUAAAUGUUAAUUUGAUAGGCCGAUUUAAUGUAAUUUUAAGCAUUUUCAAAAUUGCUUCUUCGAAAUGAAACUGUGGUAUUUCAUUCAAUAUUGCUCACAUAUCUUCAAGUCAUAUAUCAAAGUUAGGCCUUUCUGAAUUCAGAGAAGUCUAUUUGAUUGAAACUCCUUGUCCAGUUUUAACGGUAGGCCCUAUAACAAAUCAAACAGCGAUACUUUUUUUUGAGACACCCGGUAUAUAUAUAAUAUAUAUAUAUAAUAAAUUUGUAAGGAUGUGUCGGAUACUGUUUUGCCAGAUACCGGCGGAUAGUACCGGAUAGUAGUCUACCGGAUACCGGUCAGGAGACAAAGAUGACCGGAUACCGGAUAAUAACCAGAUACUCCCAUGCAAUAAUUUAUUAGAAACACAACAUUUUUAUAGCUUAAUUAACUAGUCCAAUGUGGCAAUGUGUUUAAUACACUUUUUUGUCUCUUUGACCUAUUUGUCUUUACCAAGGCCAUAUCUUAUGAUUCACCUUACAUUGUUUACUGGUAUUCAGUAUAUAAAAUUCACUGCUGUUGGCGCGCAAACGAGCAGUUCACAUCACCAUCACGAAAAGAAUAUGUCCUAAUUUCGUCGUAAUGCAGCGCAAGCUCAGUAAUUGUUCGUGAUUCACAAUUUGUAAACGCCAAGUAAACUUUUCCGUUUCAUGGUUGUAAGAAAGUAUCUUUCAGUACUAUCCGGUAAAUAACCGGCAAAUUUAUACCAGAUACCGGAUAGUGCCGGAUGUCUAAAUUUUACCCGAUAUCGGAUGCCGGUAUCCGGAUCCGGCACAUCCCUAUAAAUUUGCUUGGGAAUAUAUAAUAAACAGAAAAUUACACGGUGGCUUGAAGAUAUGACUUUUAUCUUCUCGAGUCGAGUGUUAAAAACAAUAUUUUACUCACUCGCUGCGCUCGUUCGUAAAAUAUAUUUUUCACCACUCGAAGAUAAAAGUCAUAUAUCUUCGCGCCGCCGUGUAGUAUCCUCUAUACAUAUAUUUUUUUAAUAUUAUAUAUUUUAAUAUUUUUUUAUAAAAAUAAAUUAAGCUAUAACCUAUAUGGCAUUUACGUUUCGUUUCCCACUCUUGCUUUGUUAGUCACAUGCCGUAAUAUCUAGACAUGCAGGGAAUUUUUAAGAAAAACUGGCAGGUCGGAUAACCGAAAAUGUUUCAUUUCAUUUGACUAUCGUAAAAGUUUCGUUUGACCAUUGCUUCGAGAAAAUUAGGCCCUCGUGAUUAGUUGAGUUAUUAAGCACGCGCGAAGUUGGAAGAGCACGAAGAAUGCAGGAAAGUUGGAAGAGCAGCCAUAUAAAGCCUAUCUUAUAGAGUUCGUUCAGUCUUCGUUUCUUGUUAGCUUCGCUCGUAUAGUGUUUUAAAUUUCCUUUCAAACAUGAAGUUUGCAGACCUGGCAGCAACAGAAAUUGUCCCUUUUUCAAGGGAAGAGAUUAAAUGAUAGCGCGACUGGUACUGCGAUACGGUUAAAUCAUAAAAGAACACUAACGAGUCAGCCCAAUCUAUUCAACAACGUACAAAACCUUGCUCUUGCUCAAUCAGAGGGGGGAGGGGAACCACACUCCCUGGCAAAGCUUUAAAAUUUGGGAUUCAUCAAGUCUCCCACCACAAAUCCCAAUUUCAAAUAACACUCUAUUGAUCUUCUAACCGAGCGAAUUGCCCACAAAAAAUUGUGAAUAUACACAUACAAAGCCGCUUGACCGGCCCAAACCAGACAUAGGGUCGCCAGUAUCCAUGCAGGAUUAGAAAUUGCGGCCACAAAUUGAGCUAGCUCAUCUCGGAACUGAACAUGAAUAGAAUCAAGAAUGUACAAUGCUCACGUGUACUGAACACUUAUGAAGAAAACUGCUAAAUUAUUUCAAGAUAUUAAUAAUUGCAAAGUUUAUUUAUUUGUAGAAUUUCGAGAUUAAGAGAAGGCUAAUGGACCACGUAAAAGACUAGGUGACUCAAGCAUAACUAAGAACUAUUUAAAGUUUUGAGAAAUUUUUGACUGAAUCCAAUGUCAAGCAAUCAGAUUCGUCAGGGACGUGACCAUUUCUGUGCGCAAUUUGCGGUCAUGUUUUCUAUGAUUCCAUAGAAAAGCUUCACUUGGUCAAUCAAAUCAAGGGCCUCCUUAUUCAAAUAUUAUGGAGAAACAACCAACUGAAGUUAGGCGAAAUCUAGCCCGAGAACAUCAUGACUUAGAAUGGACAAUCAAUCGACUACAAGAUGCCCUUCUUAAAGAAAUAAAAAUCCUCGAAACAGUUCUUAACAUUCAUAAAAUUGAAUCCUCUGACUGA